GGGGACAUUAUGAAGGCGACCUUCAAUUCGAGCUCGAGUAUGGUAAGACAAACAAUCAAAGAAACAUGCAAAAAGAGACAUAGCAUGAAAAUCGAAAAAAAAAUCUGGGUAAUGCGUAGUGUACAAUUAUUUGAGUGAAAAAUUAGUCCUCAACACCUCUUCUAAUGCCAAUGAGUUGAAUAUCCUACUUAUUGUUUUUGCUGCUGAUUUUGGCCAGAGGCAGAAGGCUGGCCAAAUGCGAACGCGCUGCCUCCCGAUGGCUUGCCAAACCCGAAGGAACUCGGUGUGGGCUGUGAUGGUUUACCAAAUAUCGACUGCGAGGCAGUAGACGAAGAAGAUGGGGCCCCAGAAGGUGGCUGUCCGAAUCCCGCACCGCUAAAGGUGAAGCCACCCCCAACGGGUUUGCUUGCGCCUCCCAUCGCCGAAGACAUUGGCACUGAUGAGGCAUUCGACCCACCGAAUCCGCUUGUACCACUAACACCGAAUGCAAACGGACUGGAUGAUGCUUUGGUUGCAGAUGGUGCAAAAGGAGAUGCUUUCGACUCCUCAGCAGGCUGAUUACCACCACUCGAUGAUGCAGUAGGAUUUCCAAACGUAAAAGGCUUCACGGACGCAGGCGAUCCAGCAGGAGUAGUCGAAAAUGCAGAGGUGGACGUUGCACCACUACCAAAACCACUGAACGCAGUCUUUGGCAUAGAUAAUGGCGUAGCGUUAGAAUUGCUGGUAGCCGUUGGGGCACCAGUUGCGCCAAAGACACUCGUCGCAUUGUUACCACCAAAUCCACCAAAGGCAGGAGGAGCAGUCGAAGCAGCAGCACUUUUUCUUGAAUCAUCAUUCACAGCAUUUGCAGCACCGAAUAUUGAUGUAGGCGUAGAUGACAUGGCCGACUGAUUGGCGCCUGAAUUGGCAGUAUUAGUACCAAAUGGUGAACUCUUUGACGUCGCAUCAGAUCCAAAGCCACCAAAUGCCGACUUUGGUGUGGUAGACGAGGUCAUACUCGAACUGCCCGGUGGCCCAAACACGGACCCUGUCCCAGCACUUGGCUGUCCAAAUGCAAACUUUGGCGGUUCGGUCGACCCAGAAGGUCCCGAUGAACUUGCCGCAGCAUUCGCAGCAGGAGUAGGACUAGCGAAAGAGAAAGACGGAGCUGACGUUGAAGCAGCAGGCUUCGAGCCCUCAGAGGCUGUGUUGGCUGAAAUAGUCGAAGGGAACGCAGACAUUGAAUUCGGGGCCGUCAUUGGCGGCUUUGGCGUCGAACCCACUGGCUUAGCCUUGACACCAAAAUCAAACUUCAAAGGGGCAGAGUCGUCAGUCUUGGUCGUACUUGACGCGGCAGGUGCCGAAGUGAAUACACUACUUGGCGUGCUCGUAUUGUUUCCAAAGACUGAUAGUGGUUUGUCUGCCUGCUGGCCAGUGGUUGUAGACGUGGUAGGAGUAGGGACUGUGGCCUUUCCAAAGCUGAAAGGGCUACUGGCAGGAGCACCGGCAGGUUUAGAAGAAUCGGCGGCGGCUUGAGGAGCAAAUCCUCCAAGCCUCGCCGUCAACGAACUGCCACCAGUGCUCGAGACCUCAGCCGGUUUCUUCUGUUCAGAAUUAGAAACCCCGAACCCAGCAAAUGAAGGCGCAGUGGAGGCACCUGAAGCUGCAGCACCAGUUGAAAACGGCGCAAAGGUUUUUGGGGGGGCCUCGGGUUGUGAUGUAGCUGCAGGCUUUGAAGAGAAGAAAUUAGGAAUGGAAGUAGAUGGUGGGACACUGGAUGCCGCAGAUAAUGAUGCUAGACUUGGGCUGCUCUCAGAUUGUUUAGGUGGUGGAGCAAACGAGAACGAGGGAACAGACGACGACGGUCCAGCAGGUUGGCUGGGAGCAGCCGUUGGCCCCCCGGUAGCAGGAGGGAAUAAAUUCCACUUUGGCUUCUCCCCUGCGCCUGUAGAGGUAGGUUCAGGGAGGUUUGACGACGGAGUAGGAAGACCACUGGUGACAGUAUUAAGACCAGAAGUUUGCUUGGAUACAUCAGCAGUACUCGAUGUAGCCCCGAAUGAGAAGGGAGUCGAGGCAGCUGCCUUGUUCUCCGAAACCUGCGCUGGCUUAUCCGCAGGCUUCGUAAAGCUGAUACUAUUGACGGGAGUAGGCGCGGGUGCGGUAAACAAAGGAGUAGGAACAGCCGCCUUAGCGCCCAACUCUGGGGCAGUCACACUCGUAGGCAGUUCACCCGCCUUCUUUUGGGGACCAGACAGUUUCUUCUGCUCCUGCACCUUGGCACGCAUCUUUGCCAUCGCCUCAGCCUCAAGGUCCUGUUUUUCCCACUUUGAGAACCGAGAUGAGCGCCGAGUAGGACUAUCGCCCACCCCUCCGAAAAGUGCCGGUGUCGGCAGAUUGUACGACGAAGCGACACGACGUCCCGGAACGUUUUGCGAUUGCUGGAAAGGGUUGAUGCGGAUACCGACGUUAGUGGCGAUUGACUGGCGGAAAGGGCGACGAGCGAUAGGACUAUCCUUUGUCGAUUCCCAGAGCAAAUUUUUACCCGUCUUUGAAGGCGAAUCAGGAACAUCACCUGGCGUCUGGGGCUCAACAGAUACCCUAGGAGUAUCCUGCCAGACAAGUUCAUGUCGGUCUUCAGCC